AUGUGACCUCUGACGUCUUGGCGUACUGUAACGACGGCAGCCAAUGAGACUUCCACGGCGGCUUCCUCGCAUCCGCCUAGAGGAAGUCUGACGCUGUCGGGCAGCUUUUCACGGGCGCUAUCUUGUCGUCUGCUGCUGGUAAACACACAGAGGAAUUCGAGGCUAUGAACGUGUACUCUGUAACCCUCAGCGGCCCAGCGCCAUGGGGCUUCAGGCUGCAGGGUGGGAAAGACUUCAGCAUGCCCCUCACUGUGUCAAGGCUGACCCCAGGCGGGAAGGCAGCUCAGGCUGGUGUCGGGGUCGGAGACUCUGUCGUCUCUAUUGAUGACCUCAAUGCCGAGGACUUGACCCAUGUGGAGGCCCAAAACAAGAUCAGAGCAGCAUCCAAUUCACUCACUCUCACUCUCAACAGAAAUGUUAAAGUCGACAGCGAGCAGAAGGACCCACGCGCCAAGGCUAGCGUACUGCCAACGUACUCCUUUGCCCCGAGCACCACCAUUAACAAGAUGGCGAGGCCUUUCUCAGCAGGGGGCGCUAGCGCAGGACCUGUCAUAAAGCCCGUGGCCUACUCACCUAAACUUAAUACGCCUCGCUCUCAGGGCCGCGCCGGUGUGCUGCAACCACAGAACGGCGUUGAGCCAACUCCAUCACCUGCCAAACCCCAGACAGCCAAUAAACCAGAUGGAUCCAAGACGGCAUCAGCGGCCGCGGGCGUCUCUGCUCCUUCCUCGCGACCUCCGUGGGUCACCGACCCUAAUUUCGCCGAUCGUUUUCGUCCGGACAAAACGAGCACGGUGGUGACGCACCACCAGCAGCCAGUUCAGCCCACGCCGAUGGAGAACCGCAGCUCCAUCCUGCAGGCGGCGCAGCAGGCGCCCCAAAACAGCGAGAGGACCCCGGUGUGCGGCGCCUGCAACAAAAUCAUCAGGGGUCGCUACCUAGUUGCAUUGGGACGCUCAUGGCACCCCGAGGAGUUCACGUGUUCACAGUGCAAGGUUGUCCUGGAGGAGGGGGGCUUCUUUGAGGAGAGAGGUGCCGUCUUCUGUACUAAGUGCCACGAUAACCGCUACGCACCCAACUGUGCAAAGUGCAAAAAGAAGAUCACUGGGGAAAUCAUGCAUGCCCUGAAGAUGACCUACCACGUUCAGUGUUUUAAGUGUGCAGCCUGCAAGACUCCUGUCAGGAAUCAAGCCUUUUACAUGGAGGAGGGAGAGCCUUACUGCGAGAGAGAUUACGAGAAAAUGUUUGGUACCAAAUGUCACGGCUGCGACUUUAAGAUCGACGCCGGGGAUCGCUUCCUGGAGGCGCUGGGCUACAGCUGGCACGAUACGUGCUUCGUCUGUGCUCUGUGCCAGAUCAACCUGGAGGGGAAGACGUUCUACUCCAAGAAGGACAAGCCCUUGUGCAAAGGCCACGCCUUUGCCCCAGUGUGAGUUGCCCACGUCCGAAAACUUUGUCUCCGUUCAUUCGGAUGUCAGAAGCUUCGCUACUGCCCCUCGUACCAAAUAGCCAGCGUGUCACUCAAACGGAUCGGGUCGACACGUUCAACCACACCAUUACAUUGUUUACCUUCAGUUCAAUGACAGUGGAAAACAUUUGGACUCAUUUUAAUUUACAGAAAUGUUUUUGGAACUUUGUUUUAGAAUUGGUGCAGAUGUAUGGAAAUCUGUAACCUGUAAGUGUUAUUUAACCCUUUUUUAACUGCAUUACAGACAAAAAAAAAUAACAAUUUUGUUUUUUUUUUCCAUAGAUGACAAGAUGUUUUUAAAAACCUGUAUUUUAUGUCCCCAAAGAUAGUACAAUUUAUAACAAAAGCAAAUGUCGCUCUCAACCUGCAGUUACUUUUUGUUUAAAUUUAGACUUUUGCUGAAUGUUUUUAUAUUGCUUCAGAAAAUCUCUUUUUUUUAAGUUACUGCUGGAUUGAUUCAAUAAACAUCUUUCUUGUGAUGUUGCAACA